CGAUGGCUCGAACUAAACAAACUGCGCGGAAGUCCACCGGCGGUAAGGCGCCUCGCAAGCAGCUGGCCACCAAGGCGGCCCGCAAGAGCGCGCCGGCCACGGGCGGCGUGAAGAAGCCGCACCGCUACCGGCCCGGCACGGUGGCCCUGCGCGAGAUCCGCCGCUACCAGAAGUCCACGGAGCUGCUGAUCCGCAAGCUACCGUUCCAGCGCCUGGUGCGCGAGAUCGCGCAGGACUUCAAGACCGACCUGCGCUUCCAGAGCUCGGCCGUGAUGGCGCUGCAGGAGGCGUGCGAGGCCUACCUGGUGGGGCUCUUCGAGGACACCAACCUGUGUGCCAUCCACGCCAAGCGCGUCACCAUUAUGCCCAAGGACAUCCAGCUUGCUCGCCGCAUCCGCGGGGAGAGGGCGUACGCCUGGAAACAUUUACUUGGAGCUGGUGUACUUGGUGACAGCCUUGGUACCCUCGGACACGGCGUGCUUGGCCAGCUCCCCAGGCAGCAGCAGACGUACGGCCGUCUGGAUCUCCCUGGAGGUGAUGGUCGAGCGUUUGUUGUAAUGCGCCAGGCGCGACGCCUCGCCCGCGAUGCGCUCAAAGAUGUCAUUGACGAACGAGUUCAUGAUGCCCAUAGCCUUAGACGAGAUACCAGUGUCCGGGUGGACCUGCUUCAACACCUUAUACACCAGUGUUUGCAAUCUCUCAUCAUGGCUCGUACUAAGCAGACCGCUCGCAAGUCCACCGGCGGCAAGGCGCCGCGCAAGCAGCUGGCCACCAAGGCGGCCCGCAAGAGCGCGCCGGCCACGGGCGGCGUGAAGAAGCCGCACCGCUACCGGCCCGGCACGGUGGCCCUGCGCGAGAUCCGCCGCUACCAGAAGUCCACGGAGCUGCUGAUCCGCAAGCUACCGUUCCAGCGCCUGGUGCGCGAGAUCGCGCAGGACUUCAAGACCGACCUGCGCUUCCAGAGCUCGGCCGUGAUGGCGUUGCAGGAGGCGUGCGAGGCCUACCUGGUGGGGCUCUUCGAGGACACCAACCUGUGUGCCAUCCACGCCAAGCGCGUCACCAUUAUGCCCAAGGACAUCCAGCUUGCUCGCCGCAUCCGCGGGGAGAGGGCGUAAAUUGGCUUUCUUAAUCGAGUGAUAACUGAAACCCAAAGGCUCUUUUCAGAGCCAAUCACUUGAUCAUAUAAAAGGUGCCGUAGUACUUGGUCAUUAAGAGCAUAAAUUUUGCGCAGUCCCGAGAGACCUUUGUGGAGAGAGUCUCGGAAUCAAGCUCUUUAAAAAGCCUAUGGUGUGGGGUUUUUUUUUUGGGGGGGGGGGGUUGCGUUGGGUCUUUAGUGCUGCAUAUGGACUUUCUCUAGUUGCGGCGAGCGGGGGCUACUCUUCGUUGUGGUGCGCGGGCUUCUCAUUGCAGUGGCUUCUCUUGCAGAGCACGGGCUCUAGGCUUGAGGGUUUCAGUAGUUGCAGCGCUGGACUCAGUAGUUGCAGUGCGUGGACUCAGCAGUUCUGGCGCACAGGCUUAGUUGCUCCGUGGCAUGUGGGAUAUUCCUGGACCAGGGCUCAAGCCCGUGUCCCCUGUAUUGGCAGGCAGUCUUAACCAGUGCACCACCAGGGAAGUCCUAAAAAGCCUAUGUUAUUUUUAGGUUUUCAGUGUAGGAACUGCCUCCACGGCUUUACUUGCACACCCCCGUUUGGCGUAUUUUGUGUAGGUUUGGUACAUUUAGGCGUGGCUAAACGCUUGGUCUACACUAGGGUGCCCUUGCUCACCAGAAUUGUGAGGCCCAGCUCGCUAGCAACCACAAGGACCUGUUGAGAAUUGUCACGGAUAUACCACGACCACCCCUAAAACGGAGCCAAGGCUUAGGUUAUUAGCUUUAUCACCAAAGGGAAGACCUUGACAGCUCCUGAGAACUUGGUGGCGGUCUCUACCCACCAGGUCUUCUUUACAAAGGGCCAAAGCAACCAACAGGGGCAGCUGGGUGGGUCUCUGAGUAGGAAAAAAUGGAAUGAACUCGAAUGUAGGAAUCAUGAGCCUUUCAGCAGACGCCAUUAAAGGGGUCUUUUUCUGUUUUUCUAAAUUCCCUAUCUUAAUCUCUAAAUCAAAUCUUAUGAAAGUACCUCCUAUUUGUCAGUAAAACAUGAAAAUCAGCUGUAAGCUUGAGAGUUCUCUAUUGCAGAAAAUAUUGUCUUCGCUUUCUCAUCCCUACAAAACAGCAGUGUUAUGUUAUUCUGUAUUGAAACGAUAUUCCCUUCUUGUGGAAGUAACAAAUUCUUCACUAUUUCUAAACUGGUAGCUGAAGGGAAAAAAGUAAGGAAUUUUGUUCUGAAACUAUACAGUCUGUUAUUUGGAAAUGUAGAAAUGUUGUUACUAAUUGGGUUACUGUAGACCGUUUGGAAGGAUUUUAUGUCUAUUCAAACACUUCAGCAAAUUUCAGGUUCAAGAUGGGUGAGGUAUCCUUAACUACAAAAUUGAGAUCCUUCUAUUAAUUUAUGGUUUUUUAAUGGGCUGUUUCCCCUUGAGGAUCAGUAAGGAAAGAGGUCAGGUGGUAAAUUUAACAGAAACAAAGCUGUAAAUAAAUACACAGGCCAAGUUAGCCAUUGUAAGUCCUAAAGGUUUUAUAAAAGAAAUCUUUGUUCUUGGAAGUCUGUCAGGCAUUGAGACUCGGGUGCUGAGAACUGGGGAGCCUGGACCCAUAUAAGGAAAAAAGUUUAGCUAUUCAUAAUUCCAAUAAUGGAGUGUUAGAUAUUUGUAACGCUACAUAAAGGCAUUCCAUAUUAGAACGUACUUGCCCAUAUCCUGUACUUUCUUUGAGAUUCUAGCACAGUAAGUUUUUAAAUGUCUGUUUCUGUCUCACCAGAUGGUUGAUGUCAAGAUAUGAGGACCAAGGGGGCACAGAAAACACCUAGUUGUAUUAUUAAAUCCAUCAGAACAUCUAGAACAGUCCUUUGCCUAAAACAAACCCUCAGGAAAUUAGUCAAAUUGGAAUUUAAAAUAAAAAUUAUUGAACAAA